AUGAUCAGUAAUAUACCAGACGAUUUGCUAUUUGGAAUUCUCUCAUUUGUCCCUGUAAGAGAAGCAAUGAAUACAAGCUUACUCUCGAAACGAUGGGAAUCUCUAUGGAAGAUGAUGCCAGUACUUAAAUACUCAGAAAAAUCUUUUCCGGACAUGACUUUCCAAGAAUUUGUCGAGUUUUUCCGCAGGUCGUUGCAAUUAAAUGAAGCUCCUGUUCUCGAAACCCUAACUAUCAAAAUAAAGCAACAGCAGGUUCCUCUUAAAAUCCAAAGUUGUUUGCCUGGAACAGUCUUUCAAAAACUGGUCGUCCUGAAACUCCACACGAUCCGUUAUCUUGAAAUUGAUGAUUCACCACCAGGAAGACACUUCUCAGCAGGUAAACCAUCGGUUUGUUUCCAGUCCCUGAAAGGCUUGCACCUCACACAUGUGGGUUUCCGUGAAGAACAAUCUUUCUGCAGGCUAAUAUCGGCUUGUCCUGUUGUUGAAGAUCUCUUCUUCAAUACAGUUCGCACUUGCGCACCAAAAACUAUUUUUCGGCGCCCUCCUCAAAAGAGACUCGAGAUAAACACUCCUUAUUUGAAGUACUUAAAGAUCAAAAAUAUCACUGGUCGUCUCAUAUUUACUACGGAUAUGCCUAAUUUGGUGGAGGCUACCCUUAAAGUUGAUCCUUCUCAAACUAAUGAUUUUCUCAGAAUUGUUACUUCUGUUGAGUUUCUUUCGAUACAUUUAUACGCUAAUGAGGUUCUACUUCUUGCGGAUAAAAUUUCUCAGCGUCUUUUUCAUCUAGAACUAUGUAUUUACGGCAAAAUUUCGCGUAAUCUGUUAUUGCAUUUGCUCAAACAUUCCCCUAAACUACGAGUUCUCAAGCUUCAGGAGAUACAUCAUUUGAGUAUAGAGCCUGCACCGGCAGAUCCAUAUCAGCUGUAUCAUUUACGAAAGUUCAAUGAUCCACCACCUUCGAGAGUAUCCAUUACUUCAGAACCUGCCUAUUAUGGUUCUGAUGAACCAAGACUCGAGAUAAGCACUCCUUGUUUGAAGUACUUGAAGAUUUUUGAUCGCCUUGGUUAUUAUAACUUUCUUGAGGAUAUGCCUAAAUUAGUGGAGGCAGAUGUAUCAGUUGAUGUGUCCAAAAAUGAAAAACUUCUGACAGUUCUCUCUUCCGUUGAGCAUCUUGUGAUAUGUUUAUAUCCUUCAAUGGUUCUUGAUGUUACGGAUAGCUUAAUCUUCAACCGGCUUCUUCAUCUUAAACUAGACGUUUGCAACAGUUUUCGCUCUAAUGCUCUUUUGAGUUUGCUGAAACAUUUUCCUAAUUUACAAUCUCUCAAGCUUGGCCGCGAAACUACAUCUUGGAUUUGA